GUAGGUGAGUGAAGGACCCGGAUGGUUUCGUCAGGAAGAGCCGCGCGCCUCUGAAGCUCCGGAUCGCGCGGGACAUUUACACACCUUUACACACCUGUACAGACCUGUCCGCGCGCACCUGCACCUGCUCUCCAGCGCGUGUGUGUGUGUGUGUGGUGGUCCGGUCCGGUCCUGAUGGAUGAGGGACAGUGUCAGAGCGACGCCCCACUGAGGCGCAGCGGGGCCGGGGAGGCGGAGCUUCAGAGCGAGGGCUCCGCCCGAAGCCCCGACCAGAACCACACCCACCUGCUGGAGGAGGGGGAGGAGGUGGAGCAGGGCCCAAGGGGAGGCGGAGUCAUCCACCUCGACUCCUCCCACAACCACCACACGGGGGAGGAGGAGGAGAAGGAGGAGGAGGACGAGGAGGAAGAUGAGGCGUAUGAGGAAGGAUCUAAAGUGGAGGAAGAGGAGGAUGAAGAGGAGAUAGACAGCAACAGCGGAGCUUUCUCUCCAGAACCAGAUUCACACAUCCAGUUCUCCCAAUCACCCAGUCCUACAGCGUCUGAAGGUCUCCUGAGUCCGGAGUGUGUGCCGGUGGGCGUGGCCGUGUCACCGGGACUGGGUCAGUCGCUGGGGGCGUGUCUGUGUGUGUUACAGGAGAGAGGAGACGACGCUAUGCUACCGCUAACACUACACCAGAUCGCUGAGGCUCUGGUUCUGGAGGGAGACUACCAGCGGGCGAUCUGCUUCCUCCAGCUGGAGAAACUCUACCACGAGAGAGUGCUGUCCAACAUCGCCACCCUGCAGGAGCACUGGGAGAGCAGAUGGCGUCUGAUUGGUCAGUAUCAGAGCUCUAGUGUGUGCAGCAGUGACCUGGAUGCAGAACACCUGGAGAGACUGAGACACAUCUGCAGGACACACAGACAACCAACCAGGAGCUCCGACAGGUGUGAGCUGGUGGCCAAAGUACAGCGGAACAGUGUGUUCAGUGAGAGCGGUGGAGAAAAAAAAAGUGAAUCAGAGCGUCCAUGCAGUUCAGAGGAGCUGAUGGAGGAGCAGAAGAUCCCGGGUGAUGAUUCUGGUGAGAGCUGCAGUUCUCCUGUCGGUCAGCAGGGGGAGACAGAAACUCUCUCCUCUGAUUCCUCACUCAGCCAUUCCUCCUCCUCCUCCUCUCUCUCGGCCACGCCCUCUUUAACAGUGAGGGACGGCCCCCCGGCGGGGGGAGGAGCUGAGGAGGAUACACUCACACACAGUCCAGCGGAGGAGCUGCCCGGCACACAGCGGCCGGACGGGCCCGGCGUGGAGAUGGAGGGCGGGGGGGCGUCUCUGGACACCGGGCAGGACCUGGAGCCGGAGCGGGGGGAGCCGGAGGAGCAGAAGGGUGUAGGAGAUCAGGAGAAAGAGCAGGAGGAGGUGGAGGAGGCAGUGGAGGCUCUGGAGCUGGAGGGUGGAGGUGGGCAGCAGGAGCCGCUGGAUCUGGAGGUUCCUGAGCUGAGGGUGGAGGAGGAGCCGGAGGAGGAGGAGGGGCACGGCGUGGAGACGCUGGAGAGAAUCGACACGCUGGACGACCUCGCCAAACGCAUCCAGGUGGAGGAGAUUGCUCCAGCUGCUGGUUUAGUUUCUAUCCUGAAGAGGAGAGUCUCUCAGGAGGGAACAGCAGGUUCCUCCACCCCCGUCCCCAAACCCAGCAAACGCAAAGUCCGAUUCAGAGUCCCGGACGACGGCCUGGACCACGAUGAGGUGGGCGGAGACUCGUGGUUGCUCCUCCUCCUGCUGUGCCUGGCCACCGUGGUGAUCAGCGUGGGCGGGACCGCACUAUACUGCACGUUUGGCGACGCCCAGUCCAGCGUGUGCACGGACUUCUCCCACAACAUGGACUUUUACGUGGGUCAGGUUCAGCGCGGCGUCGACGAGCUGCGGCUCUGGCUGAACCACGGGUCCUAACCGGAGACGCCGACGCCUCCUCGGAUACAGCUGACUCCGCCCCCUAAAUGUGGGCGUGCCGCUCGCCAAACUCCAGGCUGAACGUUACAUCGCAGUGCUAAACGUGUGACAUCACAGCGGCUUCUGGGUCUGUCUGAGCCACUUCCUGUGCCCUUAUACGGCGAGACGCUGCAUUCUGCACACCACCGGACCCUGCGAGUGCGCCGCGAGCGGAUCCGGACAGAACACAUACACACACACACCGGUUCUCGAGGAGCAGGAACCUCCCGGCCGGCGUAGCUCAGUGUUUACUGCCGUCAACUUCACCUCAUGUACAGAGACUACGACUUUUUAGCGUCUUAAUUACAGAGUCUUAACCCCAACCGCUUCCCCCCGUCCUCACAGCUACCGACACCGCACACUACAGAACCACCAACCACGCCACGGGUUCUCCACUGGUACCGGGAUCAGACUGCAUUAUGGGUCUCUUAUUAUUAAUUCUUAAAAAAAAGACAAAAUUUAAACUUGCUUUUGAAUGGUUAGCUUUUAUUAUGAAAGGCAUCAUGCUGCGCUUCUGAUGGUGCGCUUUUAUUAUGAAAGGUAUCUAAUACGGCGCUUCUGAUGGGGAGUAUAUAUUUUAAAAUGUAUACUUAAAUAUUGGAGCAUAUCGGACAAAACGUUUAUUUUAGCAUGCUCUUAAAAAAGAGGCAUCAGAAGUGCCUCAUUAAUAAGACAUAUAUACGGUGCAGUGUCAGUGUUGCCUUUCAAAAAAUACAUUUUUCAAAUAAAAAAAAAAUAUAUACAUUUAGAAUUAGUGAAAGUGGCAUUUUUUAUAUAUGUAUAUAAAUUUGAUUGCUGCAUUUGCUCAGGGAAACAAACACAUUCAUCAGAUUUUGAUAAUAUAACUGUUAAACAAAGAAAGUUAUAUUUAAUUUCCUGCACCUGCAAGUUUUAUUCCUAUCUGACUGUUCAGACUGAGUUGCAAUUCUGACAUCAGAUAUGCAUCAGAUUUCUAUACCACAUACAGCACCAGUAAAAAGUUUGGACACACCUUAAAUUCAGUGUUUUUAUAUUAUUUUUAAAUGUUCUGCAUCGUAGUCCUCAAUUGCAGUCGCAAAGACUGCCAAAAACGUUAUAAUGAUGAAACUGGCACUCAUCAGGACCGCCCCAGGAGAGGAUAGAAGAGCCAGAGUUUCCUCUGUUGUACAGGAUAAGUUUAUCAGAGUUACCAAAACAAAAAUAAAUAAAUAAAUAAAUAAAAAC